ACAUAAGGCAGAAGGCGUNCCUUGGAAAAGGUUUUGGAUUUGGUUGAAUUGAGGUAUGAAGGAGGAUUCUGACUGCNCUGAAGAAGCGGAGAAGAAGCGGAGAAGAACGAUAGUGUCAAUGGAAGAGGAGGGNUGGAAGGGGAAGAGAUCCUCCGAUCCACGUCCAUGCACGGAGUGCGGCAAGAAGUUCUGGUCGUGGAAGGCACUCUUCGGGCACAUGCGAUGCCACCCUGAGCGUCAGUGGAGAGGGAUCAACCCUCCGCCCAACGCAAGAAGACAUCAUCAUCAACAACAGGAGCAGCAACGACAACAGCAACAACAGAUGACGAUGAUAAUGAGCCAGGAAGACCAGGAGGUGGCUGCCUGUUUGCUUCUGCUGGCGAAUUCCAACAACAACAACAACAGAGAGAAAGGCAAAGAGAAAGAGGAAGAGGUUCAGCAGUGGCAGUUCGAGUGUUCGAGUUGCAACAGGGUGUUCGGAUCGCACCAGGCUCUUGGAGGGCACCGUGCGAGUCACAAGAACGUGAAAGGGUGUUUUGCGAACACUGGUAGUAAUGUAAGCAUAGGGUUAGGCAUUGGAAGUAGCGGGAAGUGUGAGGAGGAGAACGUGAACGUGAACGUGAACAUGAACAUGAACAUGAGUGGUGAUGGUCACAAGUGCAGCAUAUGCCUGAGGGUGUUCUCCACAGGGCAAGCACUUGGUGGGCACAAGAGGUGUCAUUGGGAGAAUCGGUUUAAGUACAAGAAGGAUUCAGUGAUGGAGGUGGAUGAGGGGGAUUACACACACUGCAAUGCCACACACCCCAAACUCUUCUCUAACAGUGGCAACACCAAGUUGAAGCUUGGCCACCCAGGGACCUUCUACUUCAUGAGCGGUGCUUCAGGGCACUGUGAGGUGGGACAGAAGAUGAUUGUGAGGGUCAUGGUGGAUGAGUCUCUUCCUCAACAUGCCAAGUCUUCUGGUUACCAUAUUGCAAUUUCUCCAACUGGGCUGUCUCAAGUGCUCUUCUUUCAGUUUCUUUUGGCAUCUUUCUUAGAGAAAAUGAGAAUUCAAACAAGGAAUAUUGUGUCCUUUACCAAUGAAGUAUUGGAUUUGAUGAACCUUCAAUUUGAGUAG